UCAAUAACACUAAAAACAUUAGAUUUUUGUUUAUUGGCACUUACAUUGAAAUAGUUAUUUUAAACGAUCUCACUAAAAGUAUCAUUAUAAAGUGGCAUUGUAAUAUGCGUUUUGAACAGUCGUAGUUUAACUUACAAACAAACACUGUAAUUUAAAUAAGUUCAUGUCGUGUUUUAAAGCACUAUUGAAACUAUGCCUGCUACUGCUUGCGGCCUCUAUCGGGGCCGAAGGAAACGUUGCAAUUAAAAAUAAAGAAGAGAACCCAGUAUGUAUUCCAAAUAACCUGAAAAGAGAACCAAGACGUGUUGCUUCAUUUCCAACUCAUGAUUUACAAGAAUUAGAAAACCAAUAUGUUUAUGUACAGUUUAAUAAAAAUUUGGAUAAAUGGACACAAGGACUAGAGCUUAUUGGAAACAUUUCAAAUUUACUUCAAGUGGAUCUUGAAGCUUUUACCCAUGGGCGCCGCAAUGAAGUUACAUUUAAAGUCCAACAGAACAGACGUGGUUUAAACGCUACUGAAGUCGCUGAAUGCAUUGAUUUAAUAAAAGAUCGUUUUAAGGAGAUUACCGACUUUGAAGUAAUGUCAGUUGGUAUCGGAAAUCAAAAAGAAACACAAAUUGUAGAGUCCCCAAAAAGUAUUCCUUCUAUCCAGCUAAAGUCUGGACCAAAUUAUCAUUGUCAUUUAACACCUCCAGAAAAACUUCCAUUCAUCCUUACAACAAACACACAACAAGGGCUAAAAAUAGCAUUCCAUAUGUUCAAGAAUGGGCUCUGUGUCCCGUUUUCGGGAGUUGCAGCCCCCUUAGUUUAUCGAUCGUCGCGGGCGUCCCACGUAAACCGCCUUCGACGUCAAGCGUCGACGGCGCCGACGCCCGAGCGUCCCGACGGUCGCGCAAACCCAACACGGCCACCGUCGACGACGGCUAGAUCCGAGCCGUCCGUCGAGUUUUGCAUUUUCCUCGAUAUCGCCUUUUGUAAAACGGUUUUGCGCGAACGUACAGCAACUUUAAGAUGCAGUGAACAAGCCGCGGCGAUUGCUGCAACUUUAAGAUGCAGUGAACAAGCCGCGGCGAUUGCUGGUAAGUGCCACAAAGUUUUAACCGCGAUUUCGUCGAUUCAAGAUUCACCCACCUGUUUGGAAUGUCACCUUCAUGGUGCCAUGCCGUGGCCCGGCGCAUCAUUGAAGCUAUGCCUGCUACUGCUGGCGGCCACUGUAGGCCCGCCUGGACUUAGUGCCGAGCAAAGCGUUGGCUGUUUGUACAGCGAACGCUUGUGUCUCGAGGAAGAGUGGUGUUAUGACGACCUUGCAUUUGGAAGAUGUCUUCAAACAGCAGGAGACGUCACCGAAGAGGAUCUUCACAGGUUCGACUUAGGAAGGGAGGAACUUCACGAAUUAAGUGCAGAGUUAAGACGCCUGUUCGCUCUUGGUUACAGAUGGAGCCACUCGUAUACGCAAUGUCGUUUACAAGCAAUGCUUUAUGCCAACCAGCACGACAUGACAUUCGAUCAAAACACCUGCACCCAUCUGGUGGACCAAGAUUUGGAGGGAGCGCUCAGGGUUUUGGAGGGGCAAGUUCCCAUCGAUCCGCGAGAGGUCGCCAUCAUCAAGUACCGGCCCAGCGCGGAAAGUCCGCAUGGCGAUUUCGCCGACGAAGUGUACUACCCGCCCGAAGACGACCAGCCUCGGCAAAAUUUGAGGCAGAAAAUUUUGCAACCCAAUGCUAUCGAUUUGGUUGAUAUGGAGGACCCCUAUUCAAAGUACGAAGUUUCCAAAAAAUCGUGGGUACCACAAAUGCACAGAAGGUCUUUGCCGCAAUACUUCACUGAAACUUACAACACACCGGGAAAUUUCCGUUUGGGCAAAGAAACCAGAGACGACCUGGAAUUUUUGCCGCAACUGUUGGCGCAAAACCAGCAGCCGAAUUACGCGUACGAAAACUCGGAACCUCAAACUGAACCGCUCAGUUUGGAGGACAUGGUCGAAAUGUAUCCCAUCGUGAAGUACCUGAACGAGAUGAGGUUGAACCCGAGCGAAAUCGAGAGCCUUCUAACGCCGGAAAACUACGGUAGGUUGGCGCAAAUUUUGGAAAAGCUAGAUCGAGCGCAACACGAGGAAUAUUUGAGGGAAAUGUUGAAGAGGCAGAUUCAGGAGGAAAGCUACCAAAACGAUGCUGCUCAAGAAAGUUUGGUCCCGGACCGAUUUAACCCUCAAUGGAUCCCACGAGACUCAAUCCCGUUCGUGGACGAUUUUCCCGAGCAAAGAAUUUACAUCGACGAAACGGAAAACGAACCGACCGAAGAAAACGGAAGCGGCCACGAGGAGCAGGAAACGUUCAGGGAACGAAAGGGAAGCAACAUCUUCAGGGAGCUAAAAACGCAGGAGCAGCACGGCAACGGAGAGUGGGGUCAACUGGAACCGAAUCCUGAAAUUUAUACCGAGGGAGGGGUGGUUUACGCGCCCCCGGAACAGCUGCAGGAAGAAGGUAUCGACAAGAUGAGCCCAUGGAAGAUUAACAGGUUGCUGGAGAAGUACAAGUUGGGGUUUAAGAGACCCGAACGGUUGGAUGUCAAGAAACCUGGACCGCCGUUUGAUCCGCAAAUCGUAGAAGCUGUCAACAAUGCUAUUAAAAAUGAAGAAGAUAACCCAGCCAACGUAUUCGUUCCGAAUAUGAUGAAGAAGGAACCAAGAGGUGUACAUCCAAAUCCAUCUCAUGAGUUACACGAAUCGGAGAACGAAUAUGUUUAUGUAAAAUUUAAGAGCAACUUGAGCAAAUGGAAACAGGGACAGGACAUCAUUGGAAAUAUUUCCAAUUUACUGCGUUUAGAACCUAGAGCAUUCACUGAUGGACAUGUUGAUCCCCAUGGCAUAGCUUUUAAGGUACAACCCAACGGGCGCGGUUUAAACGUAACCGAAGUGGCCAGGAGCAUUGAUCUUAUAAAAGACCGUCUUGAGGAGAUCACUGGCGUCGAAGUAAUUUCAGUGGGGAUUGGAGAUCGAGCUAAAAUGCAAACUGUUCUGGUAACGAAGUUAGAAAACAAAUACAACACGUUCUUCACAAUUAUAUUUCUGGUGUGCAGCAUAUUGGUGGCCUUCAUAUUCGCCACCUUACUCUUACUUUACAUCAAAAAACAAGUGGAAAAAAUGGAUAAGCUUGAACAGAUCAGCAAGACGGACCCGGAAGCAAGCAAGGACUAUCAGGACCUGUGCAGAGCAAGAAUGGCGGGCAAGCAGCCUCCUCCGGGAGAUUCGACGCACGGAAGAAUAACAUCGUUAAGCAGGGAAUCGGAACAAAGUCCUUCGAGUAGAUCGAGCACAUCAUCGUGGAGCGAGGAACCCGCCAUACACAAUCUCGACAUAUCCACCGGUCACAUGGUGCUGAGCUACAUGGAAGACCAUCUGAAGAACAAGGAUCGACUCGAGCAGGAAUGGGUGGCCUUGUGCGCCUACGUGGCCGAGCCCAGCGAGGUAACGAUCGCUUCGAAGAAGGAGAACGAGGGCAAGAACCGCUACAAAGACGUGGUUCCUUACGAUCACGCUCGAGUCGUGCUCAACGAGCUCAGCAACGCCGCCGACGCCGACUACAUCAACGCUUCGAGCAUCACGGACCACGACCCGCGCAAUCCGGCCUACAUCGCGACGCAGGGCCCGCUCCCGCACACCGCCGCCGAAUUUUGGCAGCUCAUCUGGGAGCAAGGCGCCGUCGUCAUAGUGAUGCUCACCAGGUUGACCGAAGGCGGCGCCGCCAUGUGUCAUCGAUAUUGGCCUGAAGAAGGAUCGGAGGUGUAUCACAUCUACGAGGUGCAUUUGGUUAGCGAGCACAUUUGGUGCGACGAUUAUUUGGUGAGGAGUUUCUAUCUGAAGAACGUACGCACCGGCGAAACCAGAACCGUCACUCAGUUCCACUUUUUGUCGUGGCCUGAAACUGGAGUGCCCGCCUCCACCAAGGCUCUUCUGGAGUUUAGACGAAAAGUGAACAAAUCGUACAGAGGAAGGUCGUGCCCGAUAGUGGUUCACUGCAGCGACGGCGCAGGCCGUACCGGCACCUACUGUCUCAUCGACAUGGUGCUGUCGCGCAUGCUCAAAGGCGCCAAGGAGAUCGACAUCGCGGCCACGCUCGAACACCUGCGCGACCAGAGACCCAGAAUGGUCGCCACCAAGCAGCAGUUCGAGUUCGUACUGACAGCCGUCGCGGAAGAGGUUUCGUGUGCAAUGUCAAACUGGCCGGUUAAUCAACGGAUCUUUGCUGUAAAUUCGUUUACCCUGACCCAGUCCUUCGUAUACAAACGCAGAGACGCUUUCGUCGUGAAUAUAAUUUUCAAGUCCGAGCUGAAGUCCCAUAAAAAAGCGAUUUUGAGAUGGGUAAGAGAUUUUAAUGAAAAAGGCAGUGUAAAAUCAAAAUUUGCCGCUGGAACUCGUACAGUUUGUACACAAGAAAAUAUUGGAAAAGUCAGAGAAGCGUUUGAGCGGCACUCGAUUGCUCUAAACAUUUUAGACCGAAGUUUGCGACGAAUAUUACAUCUGGAUUUAAAACUCCAUCCAAAAAACCGACAGUCCAGAGGCUAAAUCCCAUUGAUAAAGUCAAUCGACUCAAUUUCUGC